AAGCGCGGCAAAAUUGAUUGUCCUCGUCAAUGUAAACAAAAACGCAAACAUUAUGAACAUGAAGCGCUGAAAAGGGAAAAAAAUAUAAAUUCUGUUUAAAUUACAUAGUCUCUGCAAAGCAUAAUUUUGGUUAAGUUGCUAAAAAAAUUAUCAGAACUUGGUGCUGUCGGUUGAGAUGCAUCAGCCAGAGAUGUCUUCACGCGAGACGAACAUUUUCAUGGACUACAACGCCACCACUCCUCUGGCACCUGAGGUCGUGGAGUGCAUGCAAGAUGCCCUUGUAAAUUGUUGGUCAAAUCCGAGUUCCUCUUACGCCCGAGGAAUAGGAGCUGCUGAAAAAAUAAAAGAGGCUAGGAAGUAUUUAGCUGCUCUCGUGGGCACCCCUCAUCAUGAGGACAUUAUAUUCACCUCUGGAGGAACAGAGUCAAAUAAUAUGGUCAUCAAUGGAAUUGUUAAAUACUUCAAAGAGUGGAAUCAAAAGCAGAGCAAACCUCUUAGUGGCAUUCCUCAUGUAAUCACUACAAAUGUAGAGCACGAUGCAGUUAUUCUUCCUCUAAAGCACCUUCAGGAGGAAGGUUUGAUAGACGUUUCAGUCAUUCCUGUUACUAACAAAGGGGUAGUUGAAGCCGAUGAUAUUUUGUCUGCUGUUCGACCAACAACAAGCUUAAUCACUGUGAUGAUGGCAAACAAUGAAACAGGUGUCAUCAUGCCUAUAUCAGAAAUCGGAAGGAAACUGCAGGGAGUAAAUAGAAAAAGGCUUGCCAGUGGCUUAAUUAAAAUUUUAUAUCACACCGAUGCAGCUCAAGCCAUUGGAAAGAUCCCUGUUGAUGUGGAAGAGCUGCUCGUUGAUUACCUGACUGUCGUCGGACACAAAUUUUAUGGACCGCGAGGGGGUUGCCUGUAUGUCCGAGGACCUUUUACUGCCACUCCUGUUUACCCUAUGUUUUAUGGUGGAGGUCAAGAAAAUGGAAUCAGACCUGGCACGGAAAACACUCUCAUUGCAAUAGGGAUGGGCAAAGCUGCUUUUCUCGCAAAGCAGUACUUCAAUCAAAAUCAGUCGCUAUUCAUUUGCUUUAGAAAAUAUCUCGAGGAAAUGCUCAAGAUGACAUUCGGAGAAAGCGCUGUAAUUCAUUUUAGAGAUCCCGAUGUUCCUUUCCUGCCCAACACAUGCAGCGUUGCAUUUUUGACACGCGACAAAGGCAUCACUGCAUCUGCAAUUCUCUCUUCGUGCAAGCAACUUGAGGCCAGUGUAGGAGCAGCUUGCCAUAAAGAUGGCAGUUUGUCUAAAAUACUCUUAAACUCAGGAAUUUCAAGCGAUUUGGCAAGGUGUACUAUAAGAUUGAGCAUUGGAAUGCUUACUACGAAAAAUGAAAUUGACCUGGCCAUUAAAGAUUUGGUUAAUUCCAUUCAAAAGCUCGAAAAAACCUUAAAAGUAGUGCAAUCGUAAUUAAAAAGUGGUUUCGAUGCGAAUUGGCUUUUUUUUACUUAUUAUUAAUUCGGGAUGUAAUAUUGAAUAAAAUUAUACUUUUUGUA